CAGAGAACUCAGUCGACUUACGUGUUAGUCAAGGCUCAAUCCACAGGGCCCUAGGUUUGGAAUGGGACACCAUGCAUGAUGUUUUUAAGUUCCGAUUUGAACCCGUCGAAAAACCCUUCACGAAGAGAGGACUACUAUCCACCGUCUCAGCUCUUUUUGACCCACUAGGCCUCAUCGCCCCAGUUUGUCUUCCGGCCAAGCAGCUAUUGCAGAAUCUUUGCAAAUCUCAUGCUGGUUGGGAUACACCCCUUAGUUCCAAUGACCUAUCCCUAUGGAUGGAUUGGAUGAGGUUCAUGAAGAAUCUUGGGCAAAUCUCCGUACCCAGAAGUAUCAAGAAGGAGGAUAAGAGUGAGAUGAGUAAGAUUGAGUUGCACUUAUUUUGCGAUGCCUCUGAAUCUGGUUAUGGAGAAUUAAUAAAGGAACUCCGAGAAAAGGGUAGUUGUGAGAAUGAAGAAGGAGAAUUGCAAAGGUUGUCACCUAUACUUGUGGAUGGAUUGGUCUGCGUCGGUGGGAGGUUGAACUAUUCCGACUAUCCACUUACUUUUAAGCAUCCGGUUAUCCUCCCCAGACAUCACUUCGUGACUGAGCUGAUCAUAAGGCAUUAUCAUAUUAUAGAAGGACAUACUGGUACUUCGCAAGUCCUGGCCACUCUACGAAGAAACUAUUGGAUAAUUAAGGGGAUCAGUGCGGUCAAACGGGUGAUAAGAAAGUGCAUAGAGUGCCGACGAUUGAAAGCUGCACUGGGUCAGCAGAUGAUGGCCCCUUACCGGUCUGUCGCGUGCAGAAAGG